AUGUGUGAGGCGAAGCUGGAGCCCGACGUCAUCAGUUACAGCGCUGGGAUCAGCGCGUGCGAGAAGGGCGAGCAGUGGCAGCGAGCUUUGGCGCUGCUGAGCGAGAUGCAGGAGUUGAAUCUGGAGUCCAACGCCAUUUCUUUUACAAUCUACAAUGCUGGGAUCAGCGCGUGCGGGAAUGGCGAGCAGUGGCAGUGGGCGCUGGCGCUGCUGACCGCGAUGCGGGAGGCGAAGCUGGAGCCCAACGUCAUCACUACAGCGCUGGGAUCGGCGCGUGCGAGAAUGGCGAGCAGUGGCGUCGGGCUGUGGAGCUUCUGA